AUGGCGCUGAGCAAGGAAAGAACCGAAUGGACAGACGCAGAGCUUGCAGUCCUAUGUGGUGAUUUAAGUCGAGAGUUACCAAGGCAACGUUCCAAGGUCGUGCGUAUAUUCACCAGUUCAACCUUCACAGUAAAAAUCAUUCCGGUUUUAACAGACACAUCUGUAGAACGUAACGCCCUGAUGAGGGAGACGUACCCUCGUCUGAAGGAUUACUGCAAGUCUCGCCAUGGAUUAGAGUUCCAGGUCAUUGACAUGCGAUGGGGAGUACGGGACGAAGCGACAGAUGACCACAUGACGUCAAAAUUAUGCAUGAGGGAAAUUGCUGCCUGCCAGCGCCUUUCAGUGGGACCAAACUUUGUAACGUUUCUCUGCCAAAAGUAUGGAUACCGACCUUUCCCGGCAAAAGUUCAAGGCGUUGAAUUCAAAAUACUACGGCAAUGUUUGACCGACAACGGAAUGCCGAUCGAAACGCUCGACGAGUGGUUUAUCUGUGACGACAACUGCAUACCACCCGUGUACGUCCUACAGCCAAUCAGUUCCAGACUGCCAUACUUCAAUCGCCAGGACGAUCCAGAGAAAAUGAGGGCGCACAAGACAGAGUGGUGGAAAACCUUCGAACUUCUCCAGGGGCAGCUGCGCUUUGCAGCUAACGAGGCAGAAAAACAGGGACUGCUGACGGCAGACCAAGCAAAGAAUUACAAGAUUUCAGUAACCCACGACGAAGUUAAUCAUGGCCUUGUGGAUACGCCGUCCGACGGAAAGGAGCAGUGUUUGUGUUUCAUCCGAAAGUUCGUCGACUUGGAAAGCAAAUAUGAGGCGGGAGAAGCCUCAAAGUUCCUCGACCUUCAGGACGGAAAGGUAGACAUCGAGGCAAGGGAAUUGCUCUCCGAUCUGCGUGACAAAGUCACCCAAGUACUUCCCCCAUCCAAUAUAAUUGCGACCGAUCUGGGAGACUGGACGAAGGACGGGGUUAAUGUCAAGAAUGAGAAGCAUCGUGAGUAUAUCAAAAGCUUCUUGGAUACUUUCUAUACCAAGAUGGUAAACAUGGUCGAGAUCGGUAUCUCAAAGGAGAAGCUUGCCAGUCUGGAAGAUCCCUUACAUCAGGAGAUUCUGCAGCACUUGUCUUUCUGUCUAACCAAAUGCGUUGGAUUCCAGGGCAGGGAUGACAUUAUUAAAAAUGUGCGAGACUACGUUAUACAACGAGCAAAGGGUGACGGUGGAAAAGAUGGUAUUCCAAUGGUGUUAUAUGGUGAGUCGGGAAGUGGAAAGACCUCCAUUAUGGCAAAAUGUGCAGCACUUGUUAAGCAGUCAUGGCUUUGUGGCACCGGCACUGUUAUGGUGUUACGAUUCCUUGGAACAAGCCCAAAUACUUCUUCAAUUCAACGAGUUCUGACAAUGGUGUGCAAACAGAUCUUGCUGGCCUACGACAAGAAGGGUUUCCAACUUCCUACUGAGUACAACAAAUUGGUGGCAGCCUUUAGUAAAAUCAUGAAAUUUGCUACAGCGGAAAAGCCUCUUGUCAUUUUUCUGGACUCACUUGAUCAAUUAUCAAGUGAACACGGUGCUCAUCGUUUGGUUUGGCUUCCAAAGGCAUUGCCAGCGUACACCGCUCUUGUGGUUUCCACGCUUCCAAAGGAACACGGCAUCCUGGAAAAAGCUAAGGAGAGACUCCCUGAUACCUCAACAUACGUACAAUUGUUUCCUUUCUCUAAAGAAGAAAGCAGGUACAUCUUGAGGUCCUGGCUUGCAACUGCCAAAAAAAGUGUCACGAACUCUCAGUUCGAGUUGAUUGAUGAGGCGGUAGCUGUCUGCAGCCUCCCUUUGUUCCUAAAACUUGUCUUCGACCAGGCCACACAAUGGCACUCUUACCAUCCCCUCGACAGAUGUAUUCUCAAACCAGGUAUUCAAGACAUGAUCAAUCUCAUAUUCGGAAAACUUGAAGAGUACCACGGCCAAAUGCUUGUGUCGAGAGCCCUCGCAUACAUUACCUUAUCGCCCACUGGUCUUACAGAGACAGAGCUAGAAGAUCUCUUAUCCCUAGACGAUGACGUCCUAAAUGAUGUCUACCAAUACUGGAUGCCGCCUGUUCGUCGAAUCCCGCCAUCCUUGUGGACAAGAGUCCGGAACGACCUAAGUUCUUACCUCGUGGACAGAAAUGCAGAUGGUGUGACAGUGAUGUACUGGUAUCAUCGCCAAUUUAUCGAGACAGCACGUCAGAGGUACCUCAACGACGAUAGCCUAAAGAAAAAGCUCCACAAGACUUGCGCUGAAUAUUUUGACGGCACCUGGUCAGGUGGUCGGAAAAAACCCUGCCGAUAUUCUGCUCUGCAGGUCGAGCGCUUUGGAAUUCCAGCAGAGGCAGAAGAAGAUCGCAAAGUUUCAGAUCAGCCCUUGACUUUCUCUGGAGCUUUACACGCAAGUGCAGGUACUGUGACCUUCAACCUCCGAAAACUGACCCAGCUACCGUUUCAUCUGAUAGAAAUGGAAGAGUGGAAUACACUGAAGAUUUCUGCACUUCUGAACUUUGAUUUUUUGCUCAGCAAAGUAAAGGCCCUCUCUAUGCAAGAUGCCUUGGCAGAUUUCCAAAAAGCAGAAGAGAAGAUAGAUGAUGCAGAAAUCAGCACACUUUUUGGAGCCCUUCGGCUGUCGUCGUCCGUCAUUUCAAAUAAUCCUGACCAGUUAGCGCCAGAAUUAAUCGGAAGACUGAUGGAUGCUGCUUCUAAAUUCCCAAGAAUGGAAUCCCUUCUCGCGCAAGCUAAAAUUGCUGGGAGUCUAUCUCACCCACUCCUGCCAUUGAGCACUUGUCUUCAACCGCCUGGUGGUAUGAUGCUGACGUCACUUGAGGGCCACACUGAGGAAGUCGUUUCCUUAGCAAUCACAAGUGAUUCACGGUUGGUUGUAACCGGCUCGAAGGAUAACACGGCUCGCAUCUGGCAGAUAGAAAAUGGCACAUUGGUGCACGUACUGACUGGUCAUAGGGAAGCUGUGUAUGGCAUCGAAAUUACACCAGACGAUCAGAGUUGUGUGACGUACACCCACAAUGGGGAGUACAUGAAGUCAGGCAAAAUAUGUGUCUGGAAUAUGGAAACAGGAGAUCUGAUUCACCGACUAAAAGGGCACACUGGGAAAAGCAAAUCAAAUCUGGCAAUUAGUUUGGACGGGAAGUACGCUGUCACCGGCCUACAAACACUGGUUAGCUAUGACGAGGCAAGUAAUGAUACAGACAACGAGGAAGACGAGAUCAUUACUGACUCAAAGCAAAAACACAAGGAUGCAAAGAGGAAGGAGUUGAUGCCAAAAGAGGAUUGGGAUGAGGAGGAAUAUAAAAAUGAAAGAAGGCACGUUGUAAUCUUUUGGAACUUAGAGUCAGGACAAGUCAUGCACUGGCUGAACCACCACACAGACGACAUUAUGGGGGUCCUGACAACGGAGAUCGAUUGCCGACAAGUAGCGAUAACAUUUUCUCAUGAUCGCACUCUCGUUCUUUGGGACAUACUAAAGGGUGAAACGAUUCGUGAAAUGGAUGACGCAAACGGGUUUUCCAUCCGGAAGGUGGCACUAUCUGAAGACAAACGACUUCUCGCCGUGCAUGGCUGUGAAAUUUCACUGCACAGCUUCCCUGACUGCAAGUAUCUUGGAGACACUAGAGACCCCAAAUCGAGCUCCACGGUAGAAACCAUGUACAUUACCGGGGACAACACUCGUGUCAUAUCUGGACACGUCUGCGGUAUGGUAAGAAUGUACGGAACCGGAAAAAAUACAGAGAGAACACUUCUCAAGCGACAGGACUGCUUUGAGAGAGAUGGAGACAUUACUAGCAUGGCCGUAACACCAAAUGAAAUGUACGUGGUUGCUGCAUUGAAAACAUCUGAAGCCGUAGUGUUGAAUCUGGAAACACUGGAAGUGAAAGCUAAACUUCCGCACAUCCAAAACGUGUCGAUUGUUGCUGUGACACCAGAUGGUUCCAAGAUUCUCACAGGAUCAGAGGACAAGAACGUCCGCAUCUGGGACGUUGCUAAUCUCAAAACAUCCAACUCGAGUGACGAACCAGGACUGCCGAUCAGCAAACACGACGGUUACCCAUAUGAAGCACUGACCUUAAAUUCUGACGACAAAGUUAUCACAACGGGAAGUGAUAAAACGAUCAAACUGUGGGAUGUACGGAGUGGGAAGAUGAUCAAGUCCAUCAAGGACCCGAUGGACGGAGCUUGCCAUGCUGUGGCCAUCAGUAGGGAUGACACCUUCAUGGUCGGAUGUAGCAAGGGAUGGUAUGUCCUCAGCUUACCUGACUUUGCAAUCAAGAACACAUUCAAAGAUCGAUGGAUGAUACCAACUCAUUGUGUGAUCAGCCCCGAAGGCCGCCGGCUCAUAGCAGGGCUAGGUCAGCCGCAGUUUGAAAUCCGCUUCUUUUAUCUCGAGUCGGGGCAGACGCUUCAGAUCAUCCGGUUGAGAUCCUAUUCCUUUCACAUGCUAAGGCGUGGCGUGUUCGUCAACCAGUAUGUGUCUGGCAUGUUUGACCCCUCGGGAAAGACCAGGAUACUACAACUCAUCGAGAGCAAACAUGGGCGAGUGAUUGGUGAGCUUCGUCAUGUCGAUCAGGUUUUAUCUGUUGCCGUCUCACCUGACGAACGAAGACUUCUCGCUGGUUGCGGCGACCAUAAUGUCCACUUGUGGAACCUCGCGUCCUUCUCACAUGUCACGACUCUGGAAGGACAUUCGAAAUUCGUCAAAUCAGUAGCAUUCUCUCCAGAUGGAAUCCUUGCAGCAUCUGGGGCUAACGGCGGGGAAGUCAUUAUCUGGGACAUCCAAUUUCAGUCCUUGAAGCAGUCCAUGAAACAUGCGCAUGAAUCUGAUGUCUCAAAGGUGAUAUUCAGUCCUGAUGGCCGAUUUCUAGUGUCAAGUGCAGAGGAUGAUAACUAUAUUCAAGUGUGGGACGCCCAGAACGGGAAACACUUGAUGAAAUACAACACCUAUGCUAAGAUCAGUUCCAUAAUAAUGUCAGGUAAAUGCAACACUACCGUUGUAACACUACUGGAUGGAAGAGUAGCCUUUCUUGAAUUCUCGGCCAGUUUGCUCUCAGCGGCCACCAGUGAGAAGUCUGCCCUCCAUCCGAUUGCUGAUGCCUCAAUGAGCCUGAACUCAACGUCGGCUCGAAAGCAAAUGCCUUAUUACCGACCCGAAAACCAGUUACUUAAAAGUAAAACCUGCCACCUUUUGUGAAGCUACAUGAACGCUAUAACGGGAAGGAAACCAAAAAACAGCACCACAUUGGAGCUUCCCUAACGCUUCUUAAGUUCAAAUUUCACGAGGUUAACACGGGGGCUUACUUAGCACACAAAAAUGCAAAAAUUUUAUGUCAGGGAAUCAUUCAGAAAGGAACUAUCAGCAUAGGUCCCUGUGGAUAUCCAUCGUAGAUUCGAUAUUCAAAUCCAUUACAGGCCGUUCCCUUUUAUCUCCCAAAAUCUGCCGUCCUCUGGGACUAUUGGGGUGCAUUCUUUGAAAAGAUGUGACCUUAAUCGGUGCAUAGUCACGCCAAUGCCUUCCUGAAAAAAAAAACCGCCUGCAACCGGUUCGUUUUAUCAUGGCUGGUCUUUUUACUCUGCAACGAGAUAUACAGCAGGCCAAUUUUGGCUGUUAUUCUGCAUACCCCCCCCGACUUUAAAGGUCGCUGGGAUGGGCAACUGUUUUUCUAAAGCGCUGACGUUAUAAGGCAUCAUGAGUUGCUCUUGGGUUUGGAGUGUACCUUAAUUCAUUAAGCGUGCCCACGUCACGCGCGCGGGAGUUCCACUGAUGGAGUUACACAUGUACUAGUACUGAAACGGUUUUUAUCAACUGAGAAAUGUGACUAUUCUGGUGUCCUGUAAGCAGUUAGGGACUAGGGAAAUCUGUAUGGACUUUUACUCUUUUCGACGUAUCAUCAUGAUGAAGUAUUGCGCACUUGUUAUUUUGUUUCACUCCUUUUUUGAAAGAUAGAUAGCAGAUAUAAGUACAGUUACUGUGUGAAUACAUGUACAUGUAAAUGAGUCCACUAUUCGAUGCUAUGUAUUCCGAUUUUAUUUCGCUCAUUCCCUAAUUAAAUGAAAUACAGUCCGAGUCAAAUUAAUGUACAAAAUCACUUACACGUGAACGUAUUGCAUGAAAUGUACAAUGAAAAAAUUCAUCUAAAAUACACAUUUAAAAUGUUAUAAUUUGGUAAUAAACAUGAACCUUCUUUCUUUGAUGAGCAGGGCUGAAAAUGUGUUUCUCCUCGAGUUGAAUGUAUAAAUGAAACUUCUGUUUACAGGCGCAUCAUUCUGUCACAAGACCAAAAUUCACCCAAAACGCAUUCAAGCAAACCUGGUGUUAUGGUAUUCGGUUGUUAGUUCCCAACGAAGAACGGCUUGAGUUUUCAACAAUUUCAAACUAACAAAGACGAAACAAAAACCCAAAGCAAACCCCUCCCUAAAAUCAAAAAUAAAACGACAAAGCAACCAAAUCAAACUGAAAUUCACAAUAAACUGAAUCAACAGGCUUAAGGAUAAAAGUCAUUGACCACACUUAAAAUAGCUAACUUAAAAUAAUAAAUGACAGAAUACAGAGUCCACGCUACGACACGUUGUACAAAAUAAUGAAGUCCAACAGCCUUAUACGCUAUGCGUACCUAUACUAUACAGAUUUCUUCUCUGCGGCUUUCCCAGUCUAAUUUUUCAAAGCCCCUAGGCAUGCAGCAUUCAAUUUCAGUUCCGUUUGUUUCGAACACAGCCCUUUCGCUGCAGGACUGCUUCCGUUUACACGAGCACAUCUUAAAUUUAAAAUAUUAAUAAUAUACGAAGAAAAUACAUUCCAUAGCCAGAUGAAAUGAACACCCACACAUACAAGGGUUAAGGUGAGGUUUAGGACGGGUGCAGAUUAAUACCAUCAUAUAACAAAACACAAUGGAAUCUCUGUCCUUUUUGCAUUAAGAUGACCAGUCUGAUUGAUGCUGGUGCCACCUGUCCGACUGACAUGUCAAAAUGUGCAGAAGGAAAAGCUGGUUCAACCCCGCUUGAUUUAUAUUCUGAGGGAUUCUAAGAAUUACAAUACAGGGUCCCAUAAAAAAAGGCGAAUGUCUUUUUGUGGUGUGCUUUACUUGUAAGAUUUCCCACCGCCUAACAUGAACUGUUUGUGGAUUAUACACAGUUGAGAAUGGCCAAUACACAGUACAAUAUGACACAGCUCUGGGUAGUCCUGGGACGCCAGUAAAACAAACCCAAACAUGUUUGCUCCUGUUCCUCUGCGUGGUUUGACCCCCAGUGGCGUAUUCAGGUAUUGGGCAUGGGAGGCAAACUGAAAAUUAAAAAAAAAUUCAUUCAUGCAUUUAAAGAGGCCUCAUUCUUGCCCUUUCAAAAAAAAAUGGGUAACUUUUAGGCCCCUAAUAACUUUGACGCACGACAUCACCGACUACCGUCCAAUCCUACAUUUUGAACUCGGCAGACAGUGGAACACAAUUCUCCUUUGAACCCUUGCUAAACUUCAGUGACAGUCCACACAUUGUGGCACUCAGUAAUGCCUUUCUGCUCAUCAGACAUGGUUUUAACCGCUGCUGUCUCCAACGAAAACAGUUUGGAGUUUCAAAAACGCAAGGUUGUGGAAGAGCUCCAUGCUCGAACAAAUCAAGCAUGCGCGAGUUGGCUUAUGGCCGUGCUGAUAAGGCAGACCAAAGCUGUUUAUAGAGCGAGUUCCGAGAUGAGUGUCUUGCUUGUUGGAACCAAAAUGGUGGAUCAUGCGUCAAUGCACAUGGGUAAUUAACACAAAACAGCUGCAUGCUGCACUGCACAUCUAAUGAACAGCCAUUUUGGUUCCUAGGUCAGAAGUUGGCGCUACUCUCCACAUACCUAGGUAGACCGAUUUGCUGAGGCCAUGCGGUGUUCCUGUCACUCAGGCGCGCAUUCCUAAGCGCGUGAUUUUGGUUAGCAGUGCAGCUGCAGGCACCAAUUGGCUGAUGAGGAAGCAUUUAGUGUGCAUCUCUUUUGUUCAUGCGCGUGGAGACACCGCAGUAAUGAUUCCUGAUUCAUGUCACCGGUUUGGUCUAUAUACAGCUCUGGGGCAGACCUCGCGCACGCGUAUGUCCGUUCCCAAAUGACCACACAUUUUGGGCGAGCGCUGUUGGAAUAUAGAACUGCCUCAUUGGUCUGAAAUUACAGCCAAUGCACUGUGGUGCUCCACGUUAAUGUAUUUUAUGGUUUUUGUUUUCAAAACGGCACUUACAUGGAAAAGGAAAUUUGUCAGUCCAUAAUCAAAUCUAUUAUACCUUAUAAUUCCUUAUCAAAGAAACGUUUUUAAUUAUAGCGAAAGCAACAACAUUGUUACUAUUCUUUCUAUUUCAUUUAAAAAAGAGACAGUUCAUUUACAGAUUGCAAAAAAAAAAACUAAACUAGGAAACGGACUGACAGAUGUCCCCUUUCACACAGAAUACCAAAACUCAACAUACUGUAAAGAUGGAUAUUGGGGGAAAAGUAAAUCCGAAGUACCAAAUUUUAAAAAAAUGUCACCAUCUACCGGUAUUUACACUAGAUAGUUUUAUACAUAAAUCUGGGAAUAGCUUUGUUUAUAUACACUGAACAUUGGUUUGCUGAAAAAUUGAACCAAUCAGUGUUUUCAGUUGUUUUUUUUUUCGCAUGUCAUUCUGCCUUGGUGAAAACAAAUUUUUUUUGGGGGGGGCCGCUUGAUAUUUGUUGGUUUAUAUCACAGCUACUUAAUCAUCUUCAGUUAACCUCUAAAAAAGUUUCCUAAACUUCCAUAUUAUACCGUUAAAUCUUUCCAACAUCUGGCAAAUGGUUAGAUAUCUAGGGGGGGGGGUAAAUUGAGUUGGUCGAUUCUUAAAAUAGACAAAUGUAAAUUCCAUUUGAUAUUGUAUUCCAUCACUGCAAAGACACUGAUUUGAACGGAUACAAAAGGACCAAUGUUACAAAUAACUUCCUCUUACCCCCUCAAAAAAUAAUAAUAAUAAAAAAAUAAAAACACAGUGGUAAAUUUUGCAAUAAAUGUUUCAAAUGUUACCAAGCUUUGCAUUACAUUUUUUUCUGUCCAGAAAACUACAUGUAUUUGUUCCAAAUGUUGGCUUGGGGCACACCACAGCAUGCCAGCUAGCAUACAGGUAUUUCAGAUCUCAUACUUCUAUGUGCCUCUGCAACCAUUAUACGAUCAAAGGUGGACCUGAGUUCCUUGAAAUACUGUACAUUGGAACACGGAGGGCCAUGGGCCCCCUCUCUCCCUUUGUAUUUUUGCAUUUCAAUAAACCUACAUGAGGAUCUGCCACUGAAGGUGAUGCAUGUUUAAGAGACAGAGCUAAUUGUCAGGUUCAUCUGUAAGUGCAGGAAGAAUUUGAAGACCUGUUUUUUCGAUCUAUCAAAGACAAAGAUGUACACUUGGUUAUUGUACAACUAUCGCUCCCUCUGAUGAUAACCUAUAGAAUUCCUGACAGAAUUCUAAGGUUGCCAUGGGCCAUGUAGCCAACUGAUUAAAUGUA